AUGUGCGGGGAGGGGAGGGACCUCGGUGGGGGCGGGGCCUGGCGCGCAGGCGGGGGCUGUGGGCAUGGGGAGGGGCCUAUUCUCCAGGGCAGGCCCAGGAUGGGGGCGUGGCCUCGCUUUGGGGGCGUGGCCUAUGACACGCCUCCAGGCAUUCCCUGACUCCGCCUCUCUCAGUGGGGCGGGGCUUCACGCGGAGGCGGGGACAUGGGCUGGAGAGGUGAGCCAGGCCCCGCCCCUCAGGCCCCGCCCCUCAAAGCAGCCACCUGCCCUGCAGGCCGGGGCAGGGGGCGGGGCCCCGCCAUGUCCCGCAUCCCCCCAUCCCUAUGGGGGCUGGUGGAAGAGCAUAUUCAGCCUCCCGAGCGGGCAGAGGUGAAGAGGAUCCUGGGUGAGACCGCAGUGGACCUGAGCCUGGAGCUGCGGGCAGAGGUGGAAAUCCUGGAGGCCCUCCUGGAGGAGGAGCGUAGGGUGGUCCAGGGUUCUGGCCAUGCCCCCCACCCCACCCCCUUCUCGCUGCUGGCCCCGCCCCCGCUGAUGCGGGACCUGGUGAGGAGGGAGCUGAGGCAGCUGCUGUGUGGUCUUCACCAAAAGGCGGUGCUGGAGGGCAGGGACACGGCCGAGGCAUGGGCCCGCUACAGCCCCAAAGUGCUUCGCUUUGCCCUUGGAGAACCCAGGGACCCUGUAGAGGACGAACUUGAGGCCAGGCUGCUGGGAUCCCCGGGCCUCAGCAGCAGCCAGGACCUCAGUGCAAUCAAGGAUUGCCUCAACGUGGCCAACAUCGACCGUGUCAUCCAGCAUCUCCGGACCCUCCUGAAAGAGGAGUGCCGUGCCCUGGAGAGAGCCAUCGAAGCCCUGCAGCUGUGCCUGGAGGGCGUGCCCUGCUCAGUGACAGAAUCCUCUCUGAUGAUGUUGGAGCCCACCCUGGCAGAACUGAAAGAACAGAAGAGGGCCAUGGAACAGGAUCUGCUGGGGCCCCCAGCACCCCUGGGCCUCUGUCCCAGCUUGCAAGGGCACAAGAGCCAAGAUGCUGGCUGGCAAGGGCUGGGCAGGCAGGGGAUGCUCUCCAGCAAAGGCCAGGACCUGCCCUUUUCUGGGCAGCGGCCCCGGGAGUCCCAGAGCUGUGGGCUGCUGCCAGCCCUUUGCCCUACUUCACACUCCCCUAAGCCUCCUCAGCCACGGGCCUCGGGCACCUCCUACCGCCAGAGCCGCUGGGGCCGCCGCCUUCAGUGCCAUCCCCAAGAAGAGCCACUGCCCAGUGCAGGGCUUCCUGCAGGCGCUCCCUCCUGAUGGCUGGGGCCUGGGAGCCGGGAGCCACGCUGGGGAAUA